CCCCAGCCCCGGCCGAUGGGGCCCGCGGGGCCCCGGGCAGCCACGUGAGCGGCCCAGACCGCCCCCCCCUCCACUUGCGCAGGCGGCCAUGGCGGGCGCCGAGGGCUUCCAGUACCGGGCGCUGUACCCGUUCCGCCGCGAGCGCCCCGAGGACCUGGAGCUGCUCCCCGGGGACGUGCUGGUGGUGAGCCGGGCGGCCCUGCAGGCGCUGGGCGUGGCCGAGGGCGCCGAGCGCCACCCGCAGAGCGUGGGCUGGAUGCCCGGCCUCAACCAGCGCACGCGGCAGCGGGGCGACUUCCCCGGCACCUACGUGGAGUUCCUGGGGCCCGUGGCCCUGGCCCGGCCCGGCCCCCGGCCCCGAGGCCCCCGCCCGCUGCCCGCGCGGCCACGGGAUGGACCCCCUGAGCCAGGCUCGGCACUCCCGGACUUGCCCGAGCAGUUCUCACCGCCGGACGCAGCCCCGCCCCUGCUGGUCAAGCUGGUGGAGGCCCUGGAGCAGACGGGGCUGGAAAGUGAAUCGUACCUGAGAACUGAGCCACCAGCCCCGCGCACAGACUGGAGCCUGAGCGACCUGGACCAGUGGGACGCAGCGGCCCUGGCGGACGGUGUCAAGAGCUUCCUCGCGGCGCUGCCCGCGCCACUCGUGACCGCGGAGGCUGCGGCCGAGGCGCACCGGGCCCUGCGGGAGGCCACGGGGCCCGUGGGGCCGGUGCUGGAGCCCCCGACGCUGCCGCUGCACCGCGCGCUCACGCUGCGCUUCCUGCUCCAGCACCUGGGCCAAGCCGCCCGGCGUGCCCCCGCCCCUGGGCCCACGCUCCGCGCCCUGGGCGCCGCCUUCGGGCCGCUGCUGCUGCGCGCGCCACCGCCGCCGCCAGGGGGCGCGCCGGACGGGAGCGAGCCCGGCCCUGACUUCCCCGCGCUGCUGGUGGAGAAGCUGCUUCGGGAACACCUGGAAGAGCAGGAGCUGCUGCCCCCAGCGCUGCCCCCUAAGCCCUCCAAGGCCAAGGCGGCCGCUGCGGGGCUGGCCAACGGGGGCAGCCCCCCGUCCCUGCAGGAUGCCGAGUGGUACUGGGGGGACAUCUCCAGGGAGGAAGUGAACGAGAAACUGCGGGACACGCCCGACGGCACGUUCCUGGUGCGGGACGCGUCCAGCAAGAUCCAGGGGGAGUACACGCUGACGCUGAGGAAGGGCGGCAACAACAAGCUCAUCAAGGUGUUCCAUCGCGACGGCCACUACGGCUUCUCGGAGCCGCUGACCUUCGGGUCGGUCGUGGAGCUCAUCACGCACUACCGCCACGAGUCACUGGCGCAGUACAACGCCAAGCUGGACACGCGGCUGCUCUACCCGGUGUCCAGGUACCAGCAGGACCAGGUCGUCAAGGAGGACAGCGUGGAGGCGGUGGGCGCCCAGCUGAAGGUUUACCACCAGCAGUUCCAGGACAAGAGCCGCGAGUACGACCAGCUGUACGAGGAGUACACGCGCACCUCCCAGGAGCUGCAGAUGAAGCGCACGGCUAUCGAGGCCUUCAACGAGACCAUCAAGAUCUUCGAGGAGCAGGGCCAGACGCAGGAGAAGUGCAGCCGGGAGUACCUGGAGCGCUUCCGGCGGGAGGGCAACGAGAAGGAGAUGCAGAGGAUCCUGCUGAACUCCGAGCGUCUCAAGUCCCGCAUCGCCGAGAUCCACGAGAGCCGCACGAAGCUGGAGCAGGACCUGCGCGCGCAGGCCUCGGACAACCGCGAGAUCGACAAGCGCAUGAACAGCCUCAAGCCGGACCUGAUGCAACUGCGCAAGCUCCGAGACCAGUACCUGGUCUGGCUCACCCAGAAGGGCGCCCGGCAGAAGAAGAUCAACGAGUGGCUGGGGAUCAAAAACGAGAGUGAGGACCAGUACGCGCUGAUGGACGAGGACGAGGACCUGCCGCACCACGAGGAGCGCACGUGGUACGUGGGCAAGAUCAACCGCACGCAAGCCGAGGAGAUGCUGAGCGGCCGGCGGGAUGGCACCUUCCUGGUGCGGGAGAGCAGCCAGCGCGGCUGCUACGCCUGCUCUGUGGUCGUGGACGGCGACACCAAGCACUGCGUCAUCUACCGCACAGCCACGGGCUUCGGCUUCGCGGAGCCCUACAAUCUGUACGGCUCACUCAAGGAGCUGGUGCUGCACUACCAGCACGCGUCGCUCGUGCAGCACAACGACGCGCUCACCGUGACGCUGGCGCACCCGGUGCGCGCGCCCGGGCCCGGGCCGCCCCCGCCCCCGCCCCCGCCGCCGCCCGCCCCGCGCUGA